CACAGCAUUGAUUUGUACAUGUGACAUGACAUGCUGGAAACGUUCUGAAGCCGUUCCGAGUCAUUCAACAUAGCACCGAACGUGGACUCACACCUAGCCCUAGCGAACAGAAAGCCAACCCUCCCCCCCACCCCUGUGACACGUGUUGUAACUGCACUUAUUCAAGAGUAUCCUUAUUCAGAAGAUCGCUGAGGCGAUGCUGACUACACCCACCUAGGCGCGAAGGCUUGCAUAUAAGGACGAAGCUCGCUUCUCAAGGAACGCCCGCCAUCAAGUUUAUAUCGCUACCAUUUUCUGACCCAUCCGACUCGUCAUCGCUCUCUCAGACAACUCCUUUCACCUCCCCAUCUAGUCACCACUCCCUGCCUUUUUGUUGCUUGUUCUAGAUCCUUAAACUUUCCCUUUCACCCGAGCCUUUCGUCGAUCAAAACAUCUCAUGGAAGCGUCACUCGAGAGAAACAUUAGCAACCCACAUCGAGGUUCGAGAGACAAGCGUUCGCGAGAUGGGUGUAUAAUAUGUCGUCUGCGCAAGAAGAAUUGCUCUGGCCCUUUGGUGGCAGAAUCCAUAACUUGCCAGGAGUGCAUCGCUCUUAAUGUCAUUUGUCUCGGGUUCCCUGGCCAAAGGCCAAAGGGUAUGCAGAAGAACAAGGAGAAAGUAAAAGAGCUGAAAGAGAAGAUUAAAGAUUGGACUUCGAAGCGGAGCAAUCGAAAUCACGGCGUCGAGCCCCUUAAUUUGUCCGAAUACAGCUUCCUUGUCUCCCAUGCCUCCGAUAUUUCCGGUCCAUCCUCCGCUGCGCCUGCGUCAGUGAACUCAGACUUUGGGGGUCUACGCACUAGCAUUUCACAAGAGUUCAUGCAUCCCAUCGCAACACCAGAGGCCUUUUCACAUGCAGAGUCUUCUUUUGGAUCCCCUGGAUUGCACCGUUCUUUGAGCGACGCGUCACGACCCCACCGGCCUGCGCUCCGACUUGACCCCGUGUUCCAGCAAUCCGCUGGCGCGCGGCCAGCGCCGUACCCUCAGCAGGGGAUUAAUAAUCACAACGAAACUAAUUCUCUAUUAUCACCUCAUUCGGGGGUCCACCGUCAUCAGCGUUCCCGCUCGUUGUCCUCCAUGCCGCGGGUGCACUUAUUUGACAAUCAGCCUGAGAAUAUCCCCCAAUUCCAACUCACUCAUCAAAGGGGAACCGCGUCAAUGGAUUCCCGACAGCAUACCUUACAUCCUGGUAGCUGUAAGUGUUCGGUUCAGGCGACUUAUGUUUCCCUAUUAGCUGACAAUUGUGAUUUCAGUUGGCACCUCCCCUACCUCAGCGGACAGCUCGAUACAUUCACCCAUCCCUCAACUGCUUGUGUCACCUGCCGAGGCAGCGAAUGGUUCUACGAGCGAGUUUCCAGCUUGGCGUUCUCACUCAAGCGGGCCCAACUCUCCAUUGUCGUCUCCCUCCAUGUUCGGUAGCCCGGGAUCAGUCUUCAGCGAUUUGGAUGAUCCAAUUAUCCCCCUAAGUGGCCCAUAUUCCACGAUCCCCGAUCAACCCCCUCCCGUAUCUCCCUACGCUCAACAGUCUAUUCACCAGCCAACUGGGAGCC